AUGGACGACUCGAUGGCCAGCUCCGUCUUCGAUGACGAGGGCAGCUCUGACUUCGUCCCCGAGCCCGCUCCUAAACCCAAGGCUAAGGCAGCCCCGAAGAAAGCCGCCGCGCCCAAGAAGACCACCCAAACAACCCUCACAGGCAAAGCGCCCGGAAAGACCGCCGCUUCCAAGAAACGCGCCAAAGCCGAUAGCGAAGACGAGUUGUCAGAUGGCGGCAAGAUGUCCGACAACGACUCCGCUCUGUCCCACACGCCCCCCAAGAAGGCCAAAAAGGGCCCAGUCGCCAAACGCGCUGGCUCGAAACCCCUCGCCGACGUCGAAAAUGAAUCGUUCACGGGCGAGGGCGCAGAGGAACCAUCCAAGGAAACCAACGCUUCGGAGAGAUACCAGAAGCUAUCACCACGCGAACAUAUAAUUAAACGUCCUGACACCUAUAUCGGAUCCACUGAGAUGACCCCGCAGCAGAUGUGGGUGUACAGCUCGGCCUCGGACGGAAUGGAGUACCGAGAGGUGAACUACGUCCCGGGUCUCUACAAGAUCUUCGAUGAAAUCGUCGUCAACGCCGCCGACAACAAACAAAACGAUAAGAACAUGGACGAGAUCCGCGUGACCAUUGACCGCGAGUCGGGCGUCAUUAGUGUCUGGAACAACGGCCGCGGUAUCCCCGUCGAAAUGCACGCAAAGGAGAAGAUGUUCGUGCCCGAGCUGAUCUUCGGUCAUUUGCUCACCUCAUCGAACUACGACGACACUCAGCAGAAGGUGACCGGUGGCCGUAACGGUUUCGGUGCCAAGCUCUGCAACGUCUUCUCCACCGAGUUCAUCCUCGAAACCCAGGAUUCGCGCGUCAAAAAGAGAUACAAGCAAACCUGGACCGACAACAUGACCAAGGUCGGCAAGGCCAAGAUCACGGAUGCCAAGGGCGAGGACUUCACCAAGGUCACCUUCAAACCCGACUAUGCCAAGUUCGGCAUGACCGGUAUUGAUGACGACUUUGAGGCCCUGGUGAAGCGUCGAGUUUACGACUUGGCGGGAACCGCCAAAGUGGCCGUGAAACUGAACGGCAGCCGCAUUCCCAUCCGUAACUUCAAGAAAUACAUGGAGAUGUACACCAAAGCCAUUCGCCGAGAGCGCGGAGAUGACGGUCCCGCACCCAAGGACGAGAUCAUCACAUGCAGCCCGGAUCCUCGAUGGGAGGUCGGUUUCGCCGUGUCGGACGGCUCCUUCCAGCAGGUGUCGUUCGUCAACUCGAUCGCCACCACGUCGGGAGGUACUCACGUCAACUACAUUGCCGACCAGAUCUGUGGCAGACUGGCGGCCGAACUGAAGAAGAAGAACAAGAACGGCGCGACGCUCAAGCCUGCGCAACUCCGUAACCACAUCUUCAUCUUCGUGAACGCCCUGAUCGUCAACCCGGCCUUUACUUCGCAGACCAAGGAGCAGUUGACCACCAAGGCAACCCAGUUCGGCAGCAAGUGCCCCCUCGAAGAUGAUUUCUACAAGAAGAUCUUGAAGACCAACGUCAUGUCGAAUAUCUUGUCUUUCGCUGCGCACAAGGCGGACCAGUUGCUCAAGAAGACCGAUGGUGGUCGCCGUACUCGUAUGAACAACCCGAAAUUGACCGAUGCCAACAAAGCCGGCACCAAGGAGGGUCACCACUGUACCCUGAUCUUGACGGAAGGUGACUCGGCCAAGGGUUUGGCGAUGGCUGGGCGUGCGGUUGUCGGUCCCGAUCUAUUCGGUGUCUUCCCGCUCCGAGGAAAACUGCUCAACGUCCGUGAUGCGUCGUUCGAGCAGAUUUCGAAGAACGUGGAAAUUCAAAACAUUAAAAACUUUAUUGGAUUGCAGCACAAGAAGGAAUACACCGAAACUCGUGGUCUUCGUUACGGCCAUCUAAUGAUCAUGACCGAUCAAGAUCAUGAUGGUAGUCACAUCAAGGGUCUGCUCAUCAAUUUCCUUCAGGCCCAGUUCCCUAGCCUGUUGAAGAUCCCCGAGUUCCUGAUCGAGUUCAUCACUCCCAUCGUGAAGGUGUGGAAGGGCGACCCCAAGAAUCCGACCCGGCAGCACUCCUUCUUCACAAUGCCCGAAUACGAAGCGUUCCGGGAAGCCCACAAGAACGAGCGUUGGGAGCACAAGUACUACAAGGGUUUGGGUACCAGUACCACCGAGGACGCCCAGGUUUACUUCCGCGAUCUCGAUCGCCACUUGAAAGAAUUCCACACCAUCCAGGAUAACGAGGCCGCUCUGAUUGAACUCGCUUUCUCGAAGAAGAAGGCUGACGAGCGAAAGGAGUGGCUGCGGCAAUUCAAGCCCGGAACCUAUCUGGAUCACACGCUGUCCAAGAUCACCUACACCGACUUCAUCAACAAGGAACUCAUUCUUUUCAGUAUGGCGGACAACAUCCGAUCGAUUCCUUCCGUUGUUGAUGGUCUUAAGCCCGGUCAGCGCAAGGUCUUGUACACUUGCUUCCGGCGCAACCUGAAGAAGGAUAUGAAGGUGGUCGAACUGGCUGGUCACGUCUCCGGUAUGACGGCGUACCAGCACGGUGAUGUGUCCCUGCAGCAGACUAUCGUGGGUCUGGCGCAAAACUUCGUUGGCUCUAACAACAUCAACUGUCUGGAGCCUAGUGGUAACUUCGGUUCUCGUCUUCAGGGUGGUUCCGACUGUGCUAGCGCUCGUUACAUCUACACCCGUCUGUCGCCAUUUGCCCGGCGUGUGUACCAUUCCCAUGAUGACCCGCUUCUCACGUACAAUGAAGAUGAUGGUGAGAAGAUUGAGCCUGAAAUCUACAUGCCCGUCGUGCCCAUGAUCUUGAUCAACGGAGCUGACGGUAUCGGUACCGGAUGGAGCUCCUCUAUUCCUAACUACAACCCCGAGGACAUUGUCGAGAAUCUGUUGCGCAUGAUGAACGGUGAGGAGAUCAAGCCCAUGCAGCCGUGGUUCCGAGGCUUUCAUGGUGAAGUCACCGAUAUGGGAGGUGACCGCUAUAAAUUCAGCGGUAUCAUCAAGGAGACCGGCGAGAAGGAAGUGGAGAUCACUGAAUUGCCCAUCCGCACCUGGACUCAGGACUUCAAGGACAAAUUAGAAGAUAUUAUCAAGGCCGAGAAGACGCCCUCUUUCAUUAAGGAUUACAAGGAUUACAACACGCACCACAAGGUUCAUUUCGUUAUCCAGAUGGACGAGAAGCAUAUGACGGCAGCUAUGUCCGAGGGCCUAGAGGACAAGUUCAAGCUGACGAAGUCGAUCGCCACCUCCAACUUGGUCGCGUUUGACCCCGAAGGCCGGAUCACCAAAUACGCCGGUGUCGACGAUAUUUUGAAAGAAUUCUUUACUGUCCGCCUGAAGUAUUACGAGCGCCGCAAGCAACACCAGCUUUCCGAAAUGCAAAGGGAGUUGGACCGGUUGAGCAACCAGGCCCGCUUUGUCCAAAUGAUCAUCGACGGCGACUUGGUCGUAUCCAAGAAGAAGAAGAGCGCCCUCGUCGCCGAGCUGAAGGAGAAGAAUUUCAAGCCUUUCCCCAAGGUCAAGGAUGCCGUCAAGGCCGGUGAAUUGGAGCCCGCCCUCGAGGAUGAGGAAGAAGAUGCGGAGGGCACCGAGGUUCUCUCGAACUCCUACGAUUACCUUUUGGGUAUGGCCAUUUGGUCUCUGACCCAGGAGCGUGUCGAAAAGCUCCGUCGUCAGAUCGGCGACAAGGAGGUGGAAAUCGACGCCUUGAUCACGAUGUCCAAGGAGGAUAUCUGGAAACGCGACCUUGAGGACUUCAUCAACGAGUGGCGCUUCCAGAUCGAUGACGAAGCCCGGCGCUUGCGCAAGGUGGCGAACAUGGGCCGUCGCACUUCCGCCAAACUCAUGACGACUGGUCGGGGGUUGGCCGCCAGGAAGCGCAAGGCGGCGGCGAAUGGCGAUGAUUCGGAUGACGAAGAUUUUGCCGCUCCCAAGUCCAAGAAGGCAGCGGCCAAGAAGACCGAACCCAAGGGAGGCCUUCUUAACUACCUGAACAAGCCCGCAGCCAAACCAGCAGCCAAGCCGAAGCCUCCGCCGACCGAUGAGGAUGAUUCGGACGAUGAUUUCGACAUGGAAAUCCUUCCGAAGAAGAGCCGGGGUGCCGCAAAAUCCCAACCCAAGUCUGAACCGGAGCCGGAGCCGGAGCCGGAGCCCAAGCAAGAGGAUGAGGACGAGGACAUGCCCGAUGUUGUGGAAGAAGUUGCACCAAAGAAGUCCCGAGCCAAUUCCAAGGCUUCCGUCAAGACCGAGGAUGACGAUGCCCCUAAAGCAGCGCCCAAGCGAGGCCGAACGGCAUCGAAGGCCGCUUCUACCACUUCCUCUAAGUCCAAGGCCAAGUCCCAACCUAAGGACGAGGAGGAGGAUGAUGACUUCGAUGAUGAUGACAUUCAAGAAAUCACCAAGACCGAGGCCGCCAAGUCAUCGUAUGGUUCCAACCGGAGGGCCCGCGGACCCCCUUUGCACCCCAUCAGUGACUCCGACAGCGAUGAUGGAGAAGACCUUCUUGGUGAUGUCAGCAACAUGGUCAAGGGCAUCGGCGACAAGACCGGCGCGCCCUCUAAUUCUCGACAGCUUUUCUCGGAGCGCUCUCGGGCUGGAAGCAGCGGUCUGACCCCGCGUUCCAAGGCGUCGAAGCAGUCCCCAGACUUUGACGCGGACGAAACCGACUAUAGCAAGCUGGUGCCGCAGCACACCCCUCGUCGCUCCCUGCAAGUCAAGCCCAAAGACAAGGAGCCGAGAACCUCGGAGGAGAUUGAGCCUGAAGAGGACAACGGUGGCGGCGACCAUGAUGAUGACGAAGACGAGCCCGUGAAGCCCGCGGCUAGCAAGGCCAAGACUACUGCCCGGGGCAAGGCCGCGACGACUGCCGCAGCAAAGCCAACCGCAGCGAAGACCCGUGGCCGACCUAAGAAGGACGCGACCACCGCCGCCAAGGCUGCCCCUGCCACCAAGCAGACGACUUUGUCCCCGGCUGCCAAGGCCUACGCUUCCAAGCAAGCCAAGAAUGCUAAGCCGGCCGUCAAGAAGAAGCAGCUGGCGGACGAUCUGUCGGAUGACGAUAUUGAUGCCAUGGCCAACGACAUCCUGGACUCCCCUGCUGGCGGCAAGAAGGGUGAUGAUGAUUCGGAGGAUGAAGUGCGUCCUGCAGGCCGAAAGACUGCCAGUCGACCCGCGCGACGGACCGCAGCGACCAAGAAGACCUACGUGGUUGAUGAUGAUGACAGUGAGGAGGACGAUGAUUUCGGUGAUGAUUUUGAGGAAAGUGAUUAA